UAUCUUUUUAAAAAUGGUACAAUAUAAUUUUAAAAGCAUUUGCGUGGUUCCUACUUCAAAGGAUUUUAUUGACAUUGUUUUAUCAAAAACUCAAAGAAAAACUCCAACAGUUGUUCACAAACACUACAAAAUAUCGCGAAUCAGGCAAUUUUAUAUGCGAAAAGUUAGAUAUACCCAACAAAAUUUUGACGAAAAACUGAGCCAAAUAUUAGUGGAUUUUCCAAAAAUUGAUGAUAUACACCCAUUUUAUUCUGACCUAAUUAAUAUUCUAUAUGAUAAAGAUCAUUAUAAAAUAGCAUUGGGGCAACUUAAUAAGGCAAAACAGUUAAUAAAUAACAUUGGAAAAGAAUAUCUAAAAUUGCUCAAGUUUUCAGAUUCAUUAUACAGAUGCAAACAGUUGAAAAAAGCUGCCCUAGGAAGAAUGGCAACGUUGAUGAGAGGACAAAAAGAAGGGUUGGAAUAUCUGGAAAGCGUGAGACAACAUAUGUCAAGGCUGCCUAACAUUGACCCCAACCAGCCAUCCAUCUUAAUAUCAGGCUUUCCCAAUGUUGGGAAGUCUAGUUUUAUGAAUAGGAUCACGAGGGCCGAUGUCGAGGUACAACCUUAUGCCUUCACCACUAAAUCACUCUAUGUUGGGCACACUGACCAUAAUUAUCUUAAAUGGCAGGUUAUUGACACCCCUGGUAUAUUAGACAAACCUCUUGAACAGAGAAAUACUAUCGAAAUGCAGGCCAUAACCGCCUUAGCCCACAUAAAGGCUAUAGUACUCUACUUUCUUGACGUGUCGGAGACAUGUGGCUACUCGUUGCAAGAUCAGGUUGCUCUCUAUGCAAAUAUACAACCGCUAUUCAUUAAUAAGCCCAUAAUGAUUAUAGCUAAUAAGGUUGACAUAAAAGGUCUCGACGAAUUAAGUGAAGAGAAUAGGCUUUUGUUGGAUAAAACGUUUUAUUCUCAGGAUGUUCCUUUCAAGACUAUGAGCGCAUUGACACACCAAGGGGUCAUAGAUGUCAAAAAUGAAGCAUGCGAUAGAUUGUUGGCCUUCAGGGUCGAACACAAAAGCAAGAGUAAAAAAAUGGAGCUUAUAGCUAAUCGAUUAAGGAUGGCCAUUCCGAUCAAAACCGAUAUCGGCGCCAAAAGAUUACCGUUCAUUCCUCCAGGUGCUAUGGAGAGACUGAUAAGCAAGCUCGAUUCCAAAGCCAAAGCUAAAACUCUUCGAGAAGAAUCAUUAUCCAAGUAUCACGAUGGAGUUAGAUACGACGAACAGCGCAUGAAUAUUGACGAAGAAAUUCCUAUAACCAAAAAAACAGAAAGGGAUAUAGAAAUGGAGAUGGGCGAUGAUUACGUUUUAGAUUUAAAGAAACAUUACGAUUUGGCUAACAUUGACCACGUUUACGAUAUUUUACCCGAGAUACUGAACGGCAAGAACGUGGCUGAUUUCGUUGAUAUGGAUAUUUUCAAGAAAUUGGAAGAACUCGAAAGAGAGGAAGAAAUUAAAAUCGAGACAGGCUUCUAUGAAACUACGCUAUCAGAUAGCGAUCAAAAUCCUCCUGAAAUUAAAACGUUGGCUAAAAAGAUCCGCCUCAAAAAACAAUUGCGUAUAAUAGAGACUCGCCUUAAGAAAAGCAGUAAUAAACCUCGAUUACCUCGAAAUAUCAAAGGGAAGUCCGGUGAUAGGACACCCAAGAACCUCAUGAAACACAUGAACGAGCUAGGAGCUCACCACCUUAGAACCCACGAUUUUAAAAACCUCAAGAAAAAUGCUAUAGUUAAAAGAUAUGCUAGUAACGCUUCUUUAAAUUCCUGUGAUGGUAGCAUAAAUAUUCAAAAUAAAAGUUUAAUAAAACGUGCCAGAGUAGAUCCUAUUACAGGGUUGGUUAAAAGUAGUACGACUACACCCAGGAAUCUUAUGGGAAUUCAGAAUAUGCAAAUGAAAACAAAACUAGAUAGAAUGGCCCAGAAAUCGUUAAGCCCUUUCAUAAUGGAUGGAAGGGUGGGGGAGAGUGACAGGCACGUAUACGAUCUUAAGCCUAAACAUUUGUUUUGUGGCAAACGCAAGAUGGGGAAAACUAAUAAAAGAUGAACGUUUUAUUUUUUCUAUGUAUAAAUUAUAUAAAAGUUGCAAAAUAAUGUAGCGAUAUAAAAAUUAUAUAUCAUUAUAAAAUGAAUAUCUAUAAAGGAUUUAAUAUUUA